UCGCCUCCACAUUUCUUUGUUAUUUUUUGUUGCGAAAAGGUAUUUGAACACUCAAAAUAACCCAUCCCAUUCAUGGAACGUGCAACAGACAUUCCUCCCCUACCUGACUCACCAACGAAACCUCCAGAAUCAGCAACUAUGUCAAUAGUCGCAGACCGGCCGGUGCCAUCCCCUUCCGAUGAGCUGUCUCCCACAUCCAGGGAGGCUCGUCCUACCGAUCCACCAACGAGCCCAGCACCGCGCCCAACGUCAUCGAGGCCAGAAGCGACGUCCGAACCAGCAGAGCCAUCGAGGUCUAACCCGCCUCCUCCACCGCUGCCGGCCCCAUCCUCAAGCGCGGAGCCAAGUGCGACACGUAGUGCGGAACCCAUAUCUACGCAGAUGACAAGCACCGCCUCUCCGACCACCUCAGGAGCGCCGCCAACAAUCACAUUAUUCGAACCAACGCCGACCACCUUCAUCACCUCACUCACAAUCUCAUAUUCGCCUUCAGCAAGCGCCACAUCAGCCGCGCCAACCAUACCCGCAAUCUCCACAAGUGGUCUCUCCACCAGCGCCAGGCUCGGCAUUGGGAUCGGUAUAGGUGCUGUUGUUGGCUUCGCACUGCUCAUGUGGCUCCUUCACUGGUUCAAUGGGCGACACCAGACCCGUCAAAAGAACAAGAAGAGGAUUCAAGAAAGCCUGGAACAUCACGCGCGGAUCAAUGCUCUCCCGUCGCAGAUGUCGCAACCGGAUUCUGUGGUGCUGAACAGGAGGGGGUCGGCAAUGUUUGGUAUUCAUCCCACUAGGUUCGGGGAUGUGGAGCAGGAGAGCGUCCAGCACUUGCAGCGGUAUCAGCCGUACUCGCGGGAGAGUGGGUACCGGGGUUGGUGAUCUAUGCAUAGAUACUUGAAGCUAUUUGAACGUGACCUCG